GCUGAGUAUCGUUCACCAGGCCGUUUCCAAUGGACUAACCAAUUUUCACCCAAGGGGCUAAAAUUGAACAAAAUAUAAAUCUAUAGUUGGGCUUGCAAAAAAAUUUCAAAUAGCCCAUUUUAUUUGGGCUAGUAAUAAACAUAUCACAUAGACCCAAAAAUUAAAACUUGUUUUAUUUUGCCUUCUCUAACUAUAUUUGCUUUGCUUCUUUGUUUAGCUUCCAUUUUUUUUUUUGGUGGCAAUGGCAUUGGAAGCUUACAGUACAUCACAAAAUACUGAUAAAAUUCAUACAGAUGUUCUCUCACAAGCUAGAACUUCUUGUUACAAGGCAAGAGAUGCAUUUUAUUCAUGCAUGGAGAAAGAAUCCAGCAAGAAACCUACAGAAAUCGCGACAGUUGGUCUUUUAUACCCUGUCGAAUGCAAGAAAACCAGGGAGGAAUAUGUGAAGCAAUGUCGACCUACUUGGGUUAAGCAUUUUGAUAGGCAGUAUUGUGCUAAGAAGAGGGUUCAGAGACUUUUGGAUGAUACUGAGUCGAGGAGAGGGGUUUAAAGCUCGACUUUUACGGAAGAUGAUAGUGCAUAACUCAUUGUCGUGAGUGAAAAUAAGUGUAACGUGGAGUUUCCAUCUUGCCUUCCGAACAUGAGUUUAACUUCGAUAGUUAUACAGUUUCUUGAGAUGAAGUGUUUUUCUGAUACUCUUCGAUUUAUUAGACUGAAUGGUACUGAUAAUCUGGGUAAGUAUAGCUUCUAUCUGCGUAUAUCUUUUAUAUAUUCCACAGAAUGAAUAUUGGAUACAGUACUUUUUUUACGAA